GUGAAACCCCCCGUUGUUUUGUAUCAAGAAAAUGCAAUGGCCGCCAUCUUCGAGUCUUGUGAAUGUUUUGGUCGUAGUUUCGGACUUUGAGGCCUUUUUCGUAUGUGCUAUGCAAUUAUUUGACAAAAACGGUUUCGCUGUAUCAUAGGUGUUAUUAUUUCGUUUACGUAAAGGAAGCGAAAUAGAGAGACUUUCGACUAUUUUCUGGAACAAUGACCUCGACAGUCUUAUAGUAUUUGUGGACUAAAAAUAUUUAGCUAUGAACGUAAAGAUGUUCAGCCCGCUUUAUUGUGAGGAUAACGAAGACGUGAGGGUAAAAAGACGAUUUUCGAUUGCAGUCACGUAAAUAAGUUCGGAGGCCCAGGGGCUCUCCGACGCGUCAUCUGGGGCUCGACCCAAGAUGGUAUUCACAGCAUGUCAGCUACAUCAGAAUAUGAAUCUACGGCCCGGCAAGAUUACGGGCCGACCACCUCCAGUGAAAAUAUGUAUGAGCAUGUUUUGGAACACAAAUUAACAGAUAACAUGAAUGUAUCGAGCAUUAGAACUCCAGUUUUAAGGCCGGUACCUCUUUCGCCUUUGGAAGGCGAUCCUGAACCUGAUUCAACGAAUCCAGAGAGUAUUAUUCAAUCUAUACAUAAAGUUGAUAAAGAAGUAGAUUUUCGUAUUAAUGAUAAACAUUGUGAUACCGAAAUGUCUGUUGAAUCUUUGUCCAGAAUUGUAAGAAUAGAAGAAACUACGCUAGAUAAUGUGGGCCGCAUUGCAUAUCCAAUAUUACAAGAAACAGAGGAUUCAGGAGAUGCAAACUAUGUAGAAAAUGCUACUACAUUAAUCCAGGCCCCAUUGAACACGGCAAUAAUGCAGAAUGUUGCCAAACUCCCUCAAAACUUUACAAUUAAUGUAGAUGCCGCAGUAGGUAAUAUAACUGCAAUACAGAAUGUCGCACAAGAUGCUUCGGGGAGCCAGACAUUAUGGUUACCCACUAUUCUCACAACCAGUGCCGCUCCUGAUAUUAAGAAUGAUGAUGAAAGACCUGGUGUAUCUCAAAUAAUAAUUACCAGUGAAAGUUAUGUUAAUGAUACGAAUCAGGCAGGCAGAAGAACUAAUAUUAUUGAAACUAAUUAUAUCGCCCGACCUAAGGCAUCCAAAGUUCAGAUAUUGAGCAAUAUUUCUCUUCCAAAGAGUCCUACUUUUUCUCAGCAAUUUAUAUCACAAGAUAAGGAGUUCACAACUCCUGUUUAUGGAACACAAAAUCAUGUUUAUAAAUUGAGUGCAAAUGUUGUUACACAAAAGCAUUUGAACAAUUCUGUGUUGAACAUAAAACCUCCUAAAAGCCAGUCCCUCAUUGGCUGUUCAUCUCUAUCACCUACUAUAAUAAAUAAUAGUCCUAUUAAGAAUGUCUCUUAUAGCCAUACAUAUACUAAGAGCACAAAUUUAAAUAAGGCAAUAAAUAAAGUUAAUAAUGGUGCUAAUUUAAAUGCCAUGGUGGCAGUCUCUACUGGCAACACGCAGUGCCAUAUUUUAUCGCGCGUUGUCUCCGGCCCCAACAAAAUGUCUGUGCACUCUGGAAGAAAAUCUGUAAAUACACUAAAAAGUUCCAAGAGCACAAAUCAAGGGUCCGGUCAAAAGGAAUCCAGAGCAAUUAAAAUAAUACAACAGGCUGGAGCGUCUCAUAAAACUGAAGGAAAAACAUGGCCCUUGGCCAGUGUGACAUAUAAAAACCAGCAAACAUUUGGUGUGUUGGAAACGAGUCCUUCAAAGAUAAUUCAAAAAGUUGGAACACCAGCACCUAAAACUCAGCCGUUAUCAUUUCAGAAGGUUGCAAAAACUGAUCGCCUAGUACUCCAAUCUCCAUGUGGCCCAGUUUUACUUUCUACUGCACCACUUAACAUAAACCUUCCUAAGGGUCCACACUAUGUCCAAUCAGGGUCGACACCGAACCUUCGAUAUGUCCAGACUUAUGCACCAUCGGAUAACCAGCUUUCCACAGUAUCUCAAGUCUCAGCAAAUCAACAACUUACUGAACAGAUAUUACAGUCUCUGUCUCAGCCUAAACUUGUCUUACAUCAAAGUCCUACCGUCAACCACACCAUUAUACCACCACCGAUAAUUGAAGAGCCUGCGGAAAUAAAACCCUUAAAUCAAAAAAGGAUUGUAUUCGGUGACAAGUCAACAUUAACUACAGCAGAUGAUAUAAUUGGAAUGGAAGAGAGGCCCAACCUAUCAGAAGAACUCCGUAGAUAUUCUUAUCAAGCAUUGGCAUUUAUCAUGUUGGAUCAUACAUACUCAUUGCCAGCACAAAAGCAGCCAACGGUUUCCACUCCUCCUCCACCUGUUACGACAUCUGCACCGGCUAUUGUCUCUCCAGCACCCAUUACGACACCGAUGAGCCCAUUGAAAAGAAAUUCUCCUGUCAUAAUGUCCACUGCAGCAUUUGAAGUGCCACCACCAACAGUGCCAGCUAGUGUGGCUGUAAUUCAAACGCCAGUGACAUCAGCACAGACUGGAGUUCUUACAUUUAAGCCAACUCCAUCUGCACCAACUCAAGACGAUGAUGCUGCUUCCGUAAUAUCUUCCAUAGACGGAGACCGAGCUCAAGGACCAAGAGGAGGCAGUGACACAGAAACGGCACCCGAAGGUGAAGAGGAGGGAAAAACCCGAUGUAUCUGUGAUUUCACUCAUGACGAUGGCUACAUGAUUUGUUGCGAUAGAUGUGGAGAAUGGCAGCAUGUAGAUUGCAUGGGUAUAGAUAGACAAAAUAUACCCGAUGCUUACAUGUGCGAGGUUUGCCAGCCGCGGCCAAUAGACAGACGACACGCUCGUGCCAUACAGCUAAGGAAGAGGGAGGAAUUGAGCGCCCUGGCCGGCUCCGACACGGACUCCUCGGAGACGCCGCACCUCCCCGGACAAAGACGGAAAAGAUUACUUACCGUAACGACGUAUACAAACACGAGCGGUUCAUGUGUCACCACAUACAACUCUAAUGUCCCAGUCCUGCCGCCGUUGCCGCAACCUGCAUUAGCGUUACCGAAACGCGGGCCGAAACGACCCAAGAAAGCUGAAAUGGUACGGAAAGUUGCUAAGAGAAAACUUGCCGAAAAGAGAGUUAAACGUAAGAAAGACAUGUUUAACCGAACAAAAUAUAACAGCGGCCUUGCGAAUCAAUCGCACUGGCAGGAUUCCUAUGAAGCCGCUAUGACGAAUCACUAUAGUCCCGAGCUUAGAGCUAAGAUCAUGAAAUAUAGCAGCAAGCUCGGUAGCUCCCAGAGCAUGGCGUCGGCCAUUACCGCACAUUUAUGUACCACCGUCCCACACGCAGGUGGGAAAAUACUGAUCGCCACCAAGGACCUCAAAGAAAAUACUCCAGUGAUAGAAUUACGCGGCAAAUAUAUGUUGUCAAACCAGCACAGGCCGCAACUUCAGAACACCGCGCGAGCCGGGAGUCAGAAACCUGGGCCUUUCGUAUUCUUCUACAGGCUACCGAAAGAUAACACUCAGAUAUGCAUCGAUACCAGGACGUAUGGCAACGAAGCCAGAUUCGUGAGACGUUCAUGCAAACCUAAUGCCGAGCUUCAACACUGUAUCAUAAAGGGCGCGCUGCACGUCUACCUGGUGACCAUCGGUGUCGUCCAGUCGAACACGGAAAUUACCGUCGGCCACGACACUAACGGCGGCAAACAACCCUGCGCUUGCGGCAAUCCUAAACACUGCAAAGUGAAUGGCUUGAAUCCAAUAGUUACCAGGAAGAGUAUCGAUUACCCUCAGAGAGAAAAGCGAAGCAGAAACAGAUGCUACAGCUCCUCUUCGCCUGUCUCCCCGCCGCUCCUCCCUAUGCCCACCACACCGAUCAAAGAAAGUCCGCCACCUUUUAUGCAAGUAAAAACCGAAAAGAGAUCACCUAUAAAACACGAUUUUUCACCCUUGUCUCCAAUCAAAACGACCCUGAAUUUAAGCUUCGACGAACCAAUUAAAAAUGAGACAUUCGAAGAUAUCAAGUCAGAAAUAGAUUUAAUGGCCAAAGAAGAAAUGAAGCCGGAGCUAGAUGAUCCGGAUUAUGUCGAUUCUGAUAUGAAACAUGAUCAGAUUCAACCUGAAGACUUAAUUCCUGAUAUUAAGCCAGCUGUGGAGGAAAUGCCAUUGCCCCCUCCGCCGAUACUGCCACCGCCACUCCUUCUACAACAAGUCCUACCACCGUCAAUCCUACCACAACCAGUCCUACCGCCGCCAAUCCUACCACCGGCAAUUCUUCCACCGUCAAUCCUCCCACCGCCAAUCCUCCCACCGCCAAUCCUCCCACCGCCAAUCCUCCCACCGCCAAUCCUUCCACCGCCAAUCCUACCACCGACAAUCCUACCACCUCCAAUCCUACCAACGCCGGCGCUAUCUCCGUCAGUUCUUCCACCACCAGUCGAACAAGCAUCACCACCGGCGCCGGCACCAUCGACACCCGUCAAAGAGGAACUCAUGGAAAUCAUAAAAGAGGAAGCCAGCAUUAAAAUAGACAAAAUAUUACCAAAGGAAGUUAAAGAAGAAAUUAUGGAAGUUAAAAAGCCCAAGGAACCUAAAAUAGAGGAAGAAAAGCCUGUCAUUAAAGAAGAAAGAAAAGAAGUUGUGGCAAAGUCCGCCUGCCACGACAGGUCUGCUCGCUCCAGCAGGACCUGCACCAACCAGGACUCUCUAGAUGACAAAACUGACGACUCCCAGGACAAACUGCCUACCACUACCAGCCAGAAAGAUAAGAAGAAAAUGACUCGAGAGGAACGGAAAAUGGAAGCCAUAAUGAAAGCAUUCGAACGUAUGGAAAAAGCGGAACAACGCAAACAGGAGGUGAAGGAACGCCAAAAGAGAAGAGAAUCCGAUCCACAUCCCAACAGCAUGGACAGAGAUGAUGAAGAGGAACUUCAUGUUAAUGCUAGGAAACGAAAAAGACGUAAGGGUCGUGCCAGAACAACGUCGCAAUCUAACAGACGUCGUCUCAACUCCGCGGACAGCGACAUGGUGACGUCGGGGGAUGAAGCGCAGCCGCUCUCGCCCCCGCACAGACCCGCCCCGCCUCACCACCCCGCAGAAGAACAACCACAUGAAAUUAUCAAUGAGGAUAUUGGCCUAAGCUCGGCUUGUCUUCUAGUAGAAGCGGCGGUCGGUUCAGUUGAGUCCGCUUUCAAACUGCCAAAAACUAAGAAAACGAUGGCUACAGAAUGGAUAGGCCGGUCUCCAGAACGUACUCCGUCACCGUACCAUUCACCGUACAGACCAGCUCUGGUGUCCGCACCGUCGCUGGAGAGCUUGGUCAGAGUGGCCUCCACCAUGAUAGGCGACCUCAGCGGAGGGCAGGAUAUGGACCACGAGGAACCCCCGACCACCUCUCCGCCGAGAACACCGGGCAGGGAGCGCAAUAGACCACCCAAGAAAGCCAAGAGAAUAACUCGCAGCACUCCCACGGAGCCUGUGGAAGUGGUCCCCGCAGCACUGCCACAGCACAGCGCUAAGAAACGAUGGUUGAGACAAGCCAUUAGUGAAGAAAGCGACUCUCCUGUGAUAGAACCGUUUGUUGCAGAAUCCCCUCCGAAUGAAAUGGUAACACCACUGAAGAAAAGAAGAGUAGCGAGAGAAUCGUUAGGUUGUGAAACUAAUCCUAUUAUCCAUUGCAUGGAGGAGACAUCUCCAUAUAUGGCUUCAGAAGAUUCCCCCGUCAAAGACGAUCCCCAAUCUAUGACAAGGACACAGUACAAACGUAACAUAAUGGAGAGCAUGUACAGCAGAGACAGGACCCGCUCCGACAGCGGCCAGGGCUCCGACGACCAGUGCAAUAUGGACCACGACCUCUUGAAUGUCAACAUCAAAGUGCCUCACGAUACUGAAAAGAUAAGAAGGAUAAUAGGAGUUCCGACUCCGGAAGAAGAAAUAACACCACAAUUUACCAAACCAGAGGACAUAAAUACCAACAACAAUAACUUGGAAAUGGAGGAGAGCAAUUACAACAAAGUCGUUCCUAUGGAGAUAGACACGACUAUAAUUACUCAAGCAAAAAUUCAAGAAUCAAACGAAAACAGUAUUACUGAUCUGAGGGGAAUAGAGAGCCCCAACGACAAAGUGCACAGCUCGCAGUCCGCUGACACCAGCGGCAACUCCUCCCCGCAGCGAGACGAGAUGGACGACAUACAGAAGAAAAUACACUCAUUCCACACAGAGAACAUACUCAUACUGAAGAGCAGGAACAAGAAGCCACCGAAAGAGAAACGGAAGAAGGUCAACCUCAAUUUCGACCUAAACAUGGUGGACGAUCAGAUCAGUAUUCAAUUGCGGACAGAAAACGAUACGUGUUCAAAAUCUUGUGAAAUAAACGGAGAGCUGCACGAUGAGCACAGCAACUCCAUUCACGACGACUUGAAGAUCCACGUGUGUCCGGAGAACAUCCCGCUGCCGCCCGUAGAGACCAUACCGCUGCCCGCCACUGACAUGCUGGUGCCCGCGCCGGAGAACAUCCCGCUGCCCGAGGAGCCCAGCCCCAUGCCGCUCGCCGCGCCGCCCGAGACCAUCCCCCUGCCCGAGGAGCCCAUGACUGUGGCCGCGCCAAUACUCACCAAGGCUAAACUAUCGCCCCUUAUAACCCACAAACCUGAAGAAAAGGAGGUCAUUUUAUCAGAAAGACCAUCAGUCUUGGACUCGACCGUGCCGUUCUCGACGCGGUUCAGCUCGACGGGACUCUUCUCCGGCAUCUUCAGCAACCUGUCUAACUCGUUCAAGUUGGACAGUUCCAUCAACGAGAACAUACCAAAUAUGUCGGUCAUAAAGAGUGCAAUAGAUAGGACUACAAGUUUAGACAAUAGUUUAUUCGAUAAGGACCCGAUCACCCCGGUGGAUGAGUUGAAAAGUGUUCAGGAGAUAUUGACUCGCGUGAAUAACAUGGACUCUAACAAUAGUGUGUUGUUGUCGGGAGUGCUCAAGAGCUCGAACAAGAGCUCACCCUCGCCCGUGCCCUCGCCCUCGCCCUCCGCCGCGCCCUCGGCCGCGCCCUCCGCCUCGCCCACGCCCGCGCCCUCGCCCAAGCCCAGCAAGCCGCACGCGGGCGCGCGCUACGACCCGCGCCUCAACCCGCCGCCCGCAGACAAGCCUAAACCCGUCCGCAGGAAGCUCUCUAUAACGGAAUACCGCAAGCGGCACAAAUGCCCGGCGGGCGGGGGCGGGGGCGGCGGCGGGGGCUCGGGGUCGGGCUCGCCCGCGUGCGGGGAGGGCGGGGAGGCGGGCGAGUGGUCCUCGGAGUCGUCGGGCGGCGCCUCGCUCUCCCCGCAGCGCCUGGAGGCUGCCGCUGCCGCCGCUGUUGAUGACCUCGAGCAGCGCCUGCACAAGGACCUCAACACCACACAUACACCCAAAGGAGUAUUCGACGCGCAGCCGACGGCUUCGGAACGUCAACGAGAGAACUUGAGUUCGCGAUUACGAAGGGAGUUUGGUUUGGCGCUGCCUGAUGACGACGACGCGAGGGACACGCAAUCGAUGUCUGCCCACACCGAUGCGGGCGGUGCGGCGGGCGCGGGGGGUGCGGCGGGCGCGCGGCGCGGCGACAGGUAGUGUCCGGCGGCGGUCGCGCGCUGCAAACACAAAUAACACAUGUUUUUGUACACGCAAAGCGCGUGUCUGUAUGCAGUGUAUGGCUGACUUUUGUAUGAAGUGAAGUGUAUAUUCUAACUUUGUUUCAUUACUUAUAUUUCUAUAUUAUUCACGGUUUUCUGCAAGUACAAAUUGUUUUUUUAAUUUCUCCUCUGUACAUAUUGUAUAUAGGCGAGUCUGAGGUAUCGGUACGUAUGUAUUAUGUAUGACGUUAUACGUUUGUUUAUGUUAUCAGUAUAUAUUUAUAUCGACUUAUUUAUUACGGGGGUUUGUCGGCUCUGGAAUUUUCUACGCAUAAUGCAUAAGUAAAUUAUAGUUGUUUUUGUUUUUACCCUUUUUGUAUGUCUGGCUAUAGGUUAGGUGCCUAGGUCUAGAUAGUCUCGGUAAGGUUAGCGUUGUCGAUAAUGUUUAAGGGGUUUUUUUAAUUGGGAUAUAUCAUAGCAACAUCACUAGAUAUCGAAGGUGAUAUACACUGUGAUACAUAUCACAUUGUAGAUUUAAAUUGCAAUACCAUAUUUAUUUAGCGUUUUGUAUGUGAUUGGAAAGCAAUUUCUGUAUUUUGGAAUGUUUUCUCUCGUGUCAGUAAUGAGUACUCGUGUAGCAAUAAGCGACAGCGCACAGCUCGUCCUUACCAAUGGAACACUCAACUAAACUUGCAAAAUAUUCUAUUUGUUAUGUUUUCUUUGUAAUUGUAGUAAUUUUCAUUUCAAUCGCAGGAUGAUUAUUUUUUUGUAAUAAUUUCUAUUGCGGCCUAAUUUGUUGCAGUACAGAUAGUGAUGUGUGUUUAUCGAUACUGUCACAUGUUUCAUUCGUCAUUUACGUUACUUCUAAAUUGAAAACAUUAUUGUAAUAAUUAAAUCGCAUAACUAUGUGAUUUUCUGAUUUCAAAUAAAAAAUAUGGUAAAUUUAUUUUUCUGCUUCAUAGCACUAUUUACCUACUUAAGGCAUUGUUUUGUAAAAUAUGGCAAUAUUUAAUUUGUAGCGCUGUUCAGAAUGUUGGUAUAAAUCGGUAGAAAUGCCCGCCCAGUGAGUCCAUCCGCUCUGCUCAGAACUGGCGCUGGCAAAAGUUCGUGGCUUUAUAUCACUUUUAUUUGAUCCUUGUUUUCUUAUUAAAAUUGUGACAAGUGAGAAUUAAUGAAAAUAUGAGCAAUAAGAUAUAAAAUUGAUUAAAAGUGUAAGGAAAACUAUUUUACAGUUUAUGGACGCGCUUUAUGAGACUGAAAAAAACGUUUUUGGAAAAAAAUCGAUAUCGAUAAUUGUAAGAAUUCUCUCUGACGUACAACACUAGUGAGUAAAUUUAAAAGUUUUAUCCAGUUUGUAACAUUGUUUAGGAAAUUUGUGGGCCUGUUUUUUGACCGCCUAAUUUUUGUAAAUUUUUUGCCACUCGGAGCAAUGACGAUAGAAAGUAUGUAUUUAAUAUUUUUAUUAGAAUAAUAUUGUAAAAGGCAGUUAAUUCGCCAUGUCGGGACGUAUUUGGUUGUAAAGGACAAGACGCGGAUUUAAAAUGGCUUUUCACGGCAAUUAUAAUUUAAGGUUUUGUUUACUUUUCAGUGUGUGAUUGUAAAUUGUGUGGCUGCGGCUUUAUGAGCUACUGUCGAUUAUCACUUACGAUGUUUCAAAACGCCAUCGGCCAUUAUUUCUACUUAAUAUUAAUGCAUAAUCGUAAAUAUAUAGAUUUAGUGAACCCGUUGCAAUAAACAGAGCCUAAAGGCAGUGUAUAUAUUUUAUAACACACGAGUAAAGUAUGUUUAAGCCGCAUUUUUAUUUAAUUUCCUUAUGUUUAUAUGUAAAGGAGGCAUUGUUUGUGUUCGGGCGUUGACGUCGCGUGUACAUUUCAAUCUGGUUGUUGAAUACAUUGUAAAUUAAUGCUUAUGUCAAUAUCUUAAGGCGCAUUUUGUCCAAAACGAAACAACGAAUACGUUUUUAUCUUUUCCGUUGGUCGAAAUGGAUUUAUUUUGAAUCCGUACCCGAUAUGAUGCGCUUUAAGAUUGUUGUAGAAAUUAGAUGAAAUCUUUGUGAUAAAAUGGGAAAAGUUGUUUAAUAUCAUUGUGUAGAGAAACUUGAUGUAAAUAUAAUGAUAGUUAUCGUGUAAGCAAAGGCUACAUAUAUUUUGUUAAAAGUGAAGGACGCACCGUGUUUUUAUAAUUUGCUUUGAUACGUUCAGGAAGAGGCUGGAGUCCCUCCCCCGCCCCCGCCCCCGCCCCGUCCUGUCCCCUGUCCCCCGCCCCCGCAGCCCCCGCGUUGUUUGCGAGGUAUUCGAUGUAACGAUGGAAUAUUUUGCAAUAUAUUAAUUUUUAUUUGUCUUAAGUGAAUCGUAAUAUAGUAGAAUUGUAUAUUAUCCAGAUGUUAAAUAUUAUUUCUGUCUUAAAGUUUGAGCUAAGCAUGUAAAAUUUAAAAAUAACAAUAUAGAAUAAAAGAUGUUAUGAUAAUUAAUUACAUAAAAGUUCGUUUUGAA